AUGCUUCAAAAUAGUAAAAAAACUAAUCCAUUAUCUGUUCUUAUUAAAAACUGUGGUGAUUUCAUAUUAGGUUGUGAUUUUAUAUUAAGUGGUGAUGUUAUGUUAGGUGGUGAUGUUAUGUUAGGUGGUAUACGUCUCGGAAUAGCUGGUCUUGUAUUAUCUCUUACAGCUAUUGAAAAUGAAAAUAAAAAUAAAAAUAAAUAA